CGCAAGUGAUAAAAAAAAUACAAAUCCCCAUUUGGGUAUCGCGGUAGCAAAUGGGUUAAGGGUUUCAUCACUCAAAGUAGUACAUAUCUUCUUCACCGUGUAUACAGUAGAGGUGCCAUAAAUAACAACACGCAAGAGAGAUUGCCGUAUCCCGAAUAUUCUGAUAAUCGAAUUUGGUUUACAGCUUCAGUGCGAACGCGUGGUUGGAGAUACAGCCGCAUCUCGUGGUCGAGAUUCGUGGCAGUUCCCAAAUCGCGCGUAUCGCGAAAGAGGGACGCACCUGUAUGUCGCUUGGCGCGCAGCUGCGACCUUCGACGCCCUUGUGCUGGCGGUCGUGCAGCGCGGCGCUCGUCCUCAUCAUUUUUACGCCGAACGUACGCACGGCCACGCGGAGCUCCGAAUCGCUCGCAUAUUCGCGCUUGCUUACGACGCAAAUCGUACGUCCGUCGUUUCCCAACGAGUUCCCGCGUGAAAAACGUUGUGCUUUCGUCCGUGGGCACCGGUACUUCCGCCCAAGGGCCCUGGGUGAUAGCUUGGGUCCUCGCGAGUGCACCUCGGUCUUCGGUUCCCUGGAAGGGGCAGUAGCGAAAGGAUCGGUUGACGGAAAGUCGGAGACGAGUUAUUCAAGUUGGAUCAAGGUAUAG